AUCUAAUACAAUACAUAUAGAGAGGUGGUAAGAUCUGUCCAUAGAUCUUUCACCUGUCGCACGGUGCGAGAGGUUGAAAGUGUUGAAAAAGAAAGUUCGUAGUCGAAGCGCGAGUGUUUUUCCAAUCAAUAAUCGUUUCAAAGUGAAGCCAGUGAAAGGGAUUUCUCCACACCAGAAGGAGAGUGCCGCCAAGGCAUGCGAAUAAAUUUGCAAAACUUACGAGAAACAUCCUCAGAUUGCAGUGCGAAACCCAAGCAGCAGAGCUAACAGCCAAAACAGCAGGGCCCCGCCCAAGGGCGCCUCGGAUACCUUUAGCCGGAAGCCGGAACCCCUUUCGAAGAAGAAGAAAAGCAGAAAAAGAGCAAACAAUUUAAGCCAUGGAGCAAUUUGAGCAGCUGUUGACGUGCUGCGUAUGCCUGGACAGGUAUCGCAUACCGAAGCUGCUGCCAUGUCAGCACUCCUUUUGCAUGGAGCCCUGCAUGGAGGGACUGGUGGACUAUGUGCGACGUCAGGUAAAAUGCCCAGAAUGCCGUGCCGAACACCGCAUACCCUACAAUGGCGUACAGGCCUUUCCAACGAAUGUGACGCUACAGCGUUUCCUGGAGCUGCACAUCGAAAUCACCGGCGAGCUGCCCGAUCCGACAUCAGGUCAAAUCAUGGAACGUUGUGGCGUCUGCUCGGAGAAGGCCUAUCUGUCCCAUUGUGCGCACUGCGAGAAGAAGAUUUGCGAGGACUGCAAGAGCGCCCACAUGGACAUACUCCGGCGUGAGAUAACGCGUUUCAACUCACAGAUCCGCCGCAGUUUGCAUCGACUGCAGGACUCCCUAGCCAUCAUCGAGAAGAAUACGCUGAGCCUGCAGACGAACGCCAUCAGUGUGACGGAGGAGAUCGACGAGAUCUAUCGUCGUAUCACAAAGGCUAUCAAGGAUCGCUCCGACCAGCUGAAGGGCGAGAUCGAUCGUUACCUGGCCGUGGAGCUGCGCAACCUCACAACGCUCAAGGAGAAUCUCGACCUGGAGAUCACCAACAUCAGCAGCAACUGCGACAUUGUCGACAAGUACAUGAACGAAACCGUCGAAUGGGACGACUGCGAGCUGAUGGACACCAAGGAGAUCUUCCUGAAGACCGUCGAAUUCCUGCGGCACUUCGAGUACGAGAACAACGAUUACAGCCGCCGCGUACGGUUCCUCGUCUCCAUCGAUCCCAACCAACUGGUGAUGAACCUGGCCACCUUUGGCGACCUCAACAUCGCGCCACACUCGACGCCGGGCGGCUCGGUGAGCAGCUCUCACCUGGCCCCGCCCAGCGGCCUCCAGCCCGGACUGAUGCGCUCCAAGAGCGACCACCGCCUGGCCACCCAGUUCCGGCAGCAGGAGGAGCGUGGUGGCUACAACGACGAGCCCGUCCUCGGCGGCCGGAAGUUCGGAGAGCGUCCCCAGCGCAGUGCCACCAACAGCGAUCGCUAUGGCGAGAGCAGCCGCUACGGUCGCUCGGACUAUGACUACGAGAACGAUUACGAGAACGAGCCCACUUCCGGACGGACUGGCAAGUCCUCGCGCUUCCGUUCGCGCUUUGUGCGCUCGCACCAGAAUGACGACUCGGACACCGAGCAACAGCAGCAGCAGCGUCAGCAGGAGCUGAAGGAGCGAAAGGACCGUGUCCUCGACAGCGAGGAUGUGUCGCGCGGCCAGCUGAGUGGUAUUAUUCGCCUCAGCGACUGCUCCCGUGUCGUUCAGCGCCUGGCCGACAUUGGCAAGGAGAAGAAGUCGGACAAGAAGUCGGAUGCAGCCUCCGCGGCCCAGGCCGCCGUUCAGGCAGCCAUACAGACCCAGAAGGCGGCCAUGCAGCGCCAACAACAGAAGAGCCAGCAGCCAGCGGCUACAGUUGACGAGGACGAGCUGGCGCGUCAGAAGCGCAAGAGUGCGACUUCCUCUGGAGCAGCUACAUCGGCCGCGACCAGUGAGGCUGGCCAGGAUCAGCGACCUAACAGCGAGCGGGUGGCAAGCCUCAAGGGGCCACGCGGGGGCGAGGACAGCGAUGGCAGCGGCUCCAAUCAGGCGGCAUCUCCAGUGCGUACAGCGACAGCAGCAACGCGAGCCGAGUGGACAAGCGAUGUGUCGAAGCCGCCCGUCUCGGCCCAAGUUGCGGCAGUGAAGAAGACCCAGCGAUCGGGCAGCAGUGACAGCAGUGCCUCCACCGAAAGCUCUGCCAGCUCUGGGGCAGCAGCCACAGCAGCAGCAGCAGCAUCGGCAGCGGCAGCAUCGGCUGCUCCCAGCAGCAGUCAGCAGAAGGCGCCCAGCACGGCGCGUCAUUCGAGUGCCCGGGAUUCGGUAGCCACCACCGCAGUGCCGGAGAAGAAGCCUUUCGUUAGCCGCUUCCUGCCGCAGCACAGCACCCCGAGUGCCUCUAAUGGAACGGCUGAAAAGAAGAAGGCUGAAUCCAGCUCGAGCAGCGAGGAGGAGACCAGUUCGGAGUCCGAGUCAGAGUCGGAGCCGGAGACGAAGACCAAGGCGGGUGCGACCAGCAGCAGCAACAGUGCCAGCAAGUCCACGCCCAGCAGCGCCUCCAGCUCGACGACGGCGGCCACCGGCAGCUCCACCAGUGGCAGCUCUUACCGCGAUCGCCUGGAGGCCAGACGGGCCUCUCGCGACGACAGCGCACUAACGGCGGCAUCGCGUAGCAGUUAUGCUACGCCCUCGAGCAGCGGCUAUGGCAGCGGUAGCAGCAGCACCGCUCGCACACGCACCGUGCCCGCGCCACAUCAUUCGGGAGAGAGCGAAGACCGUUAUGGCAGCAGCAGCGGCACUGGCAGCAGCUACACAAGCCGCUUUCUAAACAAGAGCAAGAGCAGCGCCAUUGUAACGCAACCCUCGCUAUCCACGCCCACCGCCUCCUUUGACGAGGACGCCAACGGAACGGGCGACGACUCGGACAGUCGCUACGGGACCGGCCGCUCCCGUUACCUGGCCAUGAAGGAGCGCCGCACCCGCCUGGCGCGCAGUCGCUCCUCGCAUCAGUUGGGCAACGAGGACGAUGAUCUGGAUGAGCCGGUAUCCCCCACCACGGUCUCGCCAUCCGCUUACUUGGCUUCAAGAUACAGUGGCUACGGUAGCAGCGACCUGUCCAGGAGCCGAUCAUCGCACGCCUUGAAGUCGCGCGACAACUCGCCCAUCACCGAUCGCAGUGCGGGAUCCUCUCGUGCUGGGGCGCUGGGCAGCAGCUCCACGGACAACAAGGACGGUGAGGCUCUAAGCUCGUGGGCGCGCUAUCUCAAGAACAAGUACGGGAACAAGAGUAGCAAGGACACGCCCAGUAGCAGUGCCGGAAGCGCACGCGACUCGCAUGCCGCCAGCUCGACGGCGGCAUCGUCCUCGCAUGCGCACGGCAUUGGCAGCAGCGGCAGCGGCCGCAGCACCGCCAGCGAGGUUUCGAGACGCCUCAGCCUGGGCCUACCGUUACGACAGGCCAAUGAGCUGGCCUCCUCCGACGACGAUGGGUCAAAAAACGGGCUAGGCUCCCCUACGUCCCCUACGGUAGCAGCAGCAGUGGCAGCAGCCGGUAUAACCGGAGUGGCAGGUACUAUCCCUAAGCAGGUGUAUCUGCGCAAGCGCCAGCAGCUGUUCCAGUUGGGGGGCCGGGGGAGCGAGCCCGGAUCCUUUACGUGGCCGCGCGGCCUGGCCGUCGGUCCCGAUAAUAGCAUCGUCGUUGCGGACUCCAGCAACCAUCGCGUCCAGGUCUUUGACUCCAAUGGCAUCUUCGUCAAGGAGUUCGGCGAGUAUGGCAACGGCGAGGGAGAAUUCGAUUGCCUGGCCGGCGUGGCCGUCAAUCGAAUCGGCCAAUACAUCAUUGCCGAUAGAUACAAUCACCGCAUACAAGUGCUCGAUCCGCAAGGACGGUUUCUGCGAGCAUUUGGUUCGCAGGGCACCGCAGAUGGCAAAUUCAAUUAUCCUUGGGGAGUAACAACCGAUGCACUCGGCUUCAUUUACGUGUGCGAUAAGGAAAACCACAGAGUGCAGGUUUUCCAAUCCGAUGGUUCCUUCGUUGGCAAAUUUGGUUCCUGCGGCCGUGGCGAAGGACAACUUGAGCAUCCGCAUUAUAUAGCCGUAUCGAACACGAAUCGUGUGAUUGUUUCCGAUUCGAAUAACCACAGGAUUCAGAUUUUCGAUGUGAACGGCAAGGUGCUGUCCACGGUGGGCGGCGAGGGCUCUGACGAUGGUCAAUUCAAGUUUCCCCGCGGAGUGGCCGUGGACGACCAGGGCUAUAUAUUUGUGGCCGAUUCGGGCAACAAUCGCAUACAGAUCUUCAAUCCGGAUGGCAGCUUCCUGAAGACCUUCGGCUCAUGGGGCUCCGGCGAUUCGGAGUUCAAGGGACUGGAGGGCGUGGCCAUCAUGUCGAAUGGCAACAUCUUGGUCUGCGAUCGCGAGAAUCAUCGUGUCCAAGUCUUCUAAUAAGCCAUGGCCACAAUCGUCCUUUGCAUUAUCUCUCUUUGAUUUUUUUUGCUUAAGUUUCACAAUUCAUUUAUUAUUAUUUCCUUCGAGUGCCAAAUAAUUUAAUGCCUUUAUUUCUAUUAAUAGAAAUUUUGUCAAUUAUCUAUAAAGCAAAGAGUAGAAAACAAAAAAACAAAUCGAAACACUUUCUGUUAAAUUAGAGUGAAAAAGAGAAACCUUUGAAUAAAAAAGCGAAAACUCGUCUGAGUUUGAGUGAAAA